AUGGAGGAUAAAUAUGACACUCGCGUCCUUAAAAAACAUUUUCCGAAGGAUCUUCAAUCUUCAGAGAUUCUUACGUUCGAGUUUGAAAGCGACCCGAACUUAUUUUUGCUGAAAAACAAAAUCGCGAUUCAUAUGACGAUUUCGCUUCAUAAAGAUUAUAUUCCAAGUAAUGGAUUUGCAGCUAAGCAAUUCGGUGUGAUGGAAGUUGAGAUCAACUCGCAGCUUAUUUCAAGCUCAAAGACAACUUGCGAAUACUUUCUUGCUGAUUACAUGACUAAAUUUGGGAAUUUUAAUCGAGACUAUGUUUCGACAGCGUAUCAGAUUGAAGGCUAUUACGACCACGAAGUCUACGACUACUUGGAAAGGAAAUCUGAUAAAGAACUGCUGCAAACAUUACGACGUCCACAGUGCGCUCAGGAUGGCGAUUAUUAUGUGUACGAGCUUGUAUUUUUUCCAAGUAACGGAUUCUGCUUGGAUAACAAGCCACUGCCAUUGAAUACAACGAUGAAACUCAAAUUCAACCGACUCAAUUCGGAGUUUUCUACGGUUUACAUAGGAUCAACCCCAGCCACAGCUGUUCAUAAGGGAAAACCUCUUGAAAUAAAAGAUUGUUAUGCUCUCUGUGAAUAUGUAACAAGUCCUUCGAUGCGCAACUAUUUUUCUCGAAUCAAGUCGAAGCCGAUUUCAUACAAGUACCAGGAAAUUACUGUUUCCACCAGAGACUUACCUGCCAACACGUCAAAUAUCACCCUUCAUAAUAUCAAGGGAGGAAACACGCCUGAUGUCCUCUUCUUUGCGCUCACGGAUACUGAGUCCUUUCAAGGGUCACUUAAUCGAGAGACGACAAGAUUCGCAUUUCAUGAAGACUUGCAAAACGUCAAUUUGACUCUGAAUGGUCAAUCUUGCUUGGGAUUCCCGAUGAAAAUAACGAAUGAGCUUCCGAUUUGGCCAUAUUUUCGUCUUAUGGAUGUUAUUGAUAGACUUGUAUCGACGACUUCAGGAGUUGCCUUGUCACUUGACCAAUUCAAAAAAUCAGCAAUUUUUGCGCAUGAGUUUUCUGGAGCAGAAGAAACGCAAGGAUGGUUGAAUCUCGUUCUUGAUUUCAAAGAAAAUCCAUCGGAAAAUCAAACGCUUGUAAUUUGGUCAUGUCACUCUGUAAAAAUCACUAUCGACGAGCAUGGUUCUGUCGAAAAAGAAGUUCUUUAA